ACGUUUGAUGCUGGUGGGUGUUUGUAUUAAAUGCCGCUGCCAACACCCACCAGAACCCAUUUAUUGAUGGCCAAGGUUCUUUUUGCGUUCUCAAUGGAGCUUGCAGCUACGAAAAUGGUGUUUAGUUGUGUUGUGUGGUGUUACUUGAUUUUUAAUCUUUGACGUUUUCUUUUCCUUUGGAAAGAAGAAAGCUUUGGCUUGUGCUAAGUUCAGUUCAUGUUUCAUGCAUGAGAUUCUCCUAACCUAAUAUUUCUUCAGUCAAAAUCAUACUACUUUCAUUUCUUCGCAUCCUUUUCUCGUUUCAUUAGGUGGGUUGUUAUAUAUUUGAUCUGUAGGGAGUUGUAGUUAUAGGAAUAAUUGCGAAAAGAUGAGGAACUCGGCGAGUCAAGUGAUGACAGAGAUAGAGACGAGCAAGCCAUCGGGAUAUGGGACGGUGGUGGGGGGAUUGAGUCCUCUGAGUGAGACGAUUUGGAAGGAAAAGGCUAAUACAGAACUUGUGGGAGAUGUUUCUGCAAAACUCACUUGGAAAGAUCUGACUGUGAUGGUUACUCUCAGCAAUGGCGAGACUCAAAAUGUUCUUGAAGGACUCACUGGUUAUGCCGAGCCUGGUAGCCUCACUGCUCUCAUGGGGCCUUCUGGUUCAGGCAAAUCAACUCUUCUUGAUGCUCUCUCUAGUCGCCUUGCUGCCAAUGCUUUUCUCUCUGGAACCAUUCUGCUUAAUGGCCGUAAAACUAAACUGUCUUUUGGCACUGCUGCGUAUGUGACUCAAGAUGACAACUUGAUUGGCACUCUAACAGUGAGGGAAACGAUAGCUUAUUCAGCAAGAUUGCGCCUCCCUGAUAAGAUGGGUUGGUCCGAGAAGAGAGCCUUGGUUGAGAGGACCAUUAUUGAGAUGGGGCUGCAAGAUUGUGCCGAUACUGUAAUUGGAAAUUGGCAUUUGCGUGGAAUCAGUGGAGGGGAGAAGAGAAGGGUUAGCAUUGCUCUUGAAAUUUUGAUGAGGCCUAGAUUGCUGUUUCUUGAUGAGCCUACCAGUGGACUUGACAGUGCUUCGGCUUUCUUUGUGACUCAGACUUUGCGCGGGCUAUCUCGAGAUGGAAGGACUGUCAUCGCUUCUAUCCAUCAGCCGAGUAGUGAAGUGUUUGAGCUAUUUGAUCAAUUGUACCUUCUUUCAGGGGGCAAAACCGUUUAUUUUGGUCAGGUUUCAGAAGCAUGUGAGUUCUUUGCACAAGCAGGAUUUCCCUGCCCUGCUUUGAGGAAUCCCUCAGAUCAUUUCCUUAGGUGCAUCAAUUCCGACUUUGACAAAGUCAAGGCUACUCUAAAGGGUUCCAUGAAAUUGCGGUUUGAGUCAACUGAUGAUCCGCUUGAAAGGAUAACAACUGCUGAAGCUAUACGAGCUCUAAUUGAUUAUUACAGAACUUCUCAGCACUCUUACGCAGCCAAUCAAAAUGUUGAGGCCAUAUCCAAAAAAAAAGGAACUGUGCUAGAUGCAGGAGGCAGUCAGGCGAGUUUCUUAAUGCAGGCUUAUACUUUAACCGUGCGAUCAUUCAUCAACAUGUCGAGGGACUUCGGAUAUUACUGGUUGAGGCUUUUUAUAUAUGUUGUAGUAACCAUCUGCAUUGGAACCAUCUAUCUAAAUGUGGGAACUGGCUAUACUUCAAUCCUGGCUAGAGGUUCAUGUGCAUCUUUUGUCUUUGGAUUUGUCACAUUCAUGUCAAUUGGUGGAUUUCCUUCUUUUGUGGAAGAUAUGAAGGUUUUUCAAAGGGAAAGGCUGAAUGGGCAUUAUGGUGUAAUAGCAUUUGUCAUUAGCAACACUAUCUCUGCCAUGCCCUUCUUGAUUAUGAUCACUUUCAUAUCUGGAACUAUCUGUUACUUCAUGGUUGGACUUCACCCGGGUUUUGAACAUUAUUUGUUCUUUGUACUUUGCCUCUAUGCGAGUGUGACAGUGGUCGAGAGCCUGAUGAUGGCCAUAGCCAGUAUUAUCCCAAACUUUCUGAUGGGUAUCAUCAUAGGAGCUGGAAUUCAGGGCAUAUUUAUGCUUGUCUCCGGAUAUUUCAGGCUCCCAAAUGACAUUCCAAAACCCUUCUGGCGUUAUCCGAUGUCAUAUCUCAGCUUUCACUUCUGGGCUCUGCAGGGCCAAUACCAAAAUGAUCUUAAGGGGCUGAUGUUUAGCAACCAAUCACCAGACCUUCCGAAGAUACCUGGAGAAUACAUCCUGGAAAAUGUGUUCCAGAUUGAUGUGCACCGAUCAAAAUGGAUCGAUCUCAGUGUCAUCUUCAGCAUGAUCGCUUUCUACCGCAUCAUCUUCUUCAUCAUGAUCAAGAUAAGUGAAGACGUGACACCGUGGGUCCGAGGCUACAUUGCAAGAAGAAGAAUGCAGCAGAAGAAUGGCACUCAGAAUAAAACAAUUGCCCCGGAUGCUCUAUCUCACUCUCCCUCUUUGAGGACUUAUGCUGCAAAAACUGCAAGACCGACCCAGCAAAGGUAGACGAGUGAGCUCUGAGCUCUGAAUGAAUGAUGUAAUCGAAUCAAUUAUCAUAUUAUUGUCAUUUCUCCAUGAAAAAUCAAUGCAGCAAAAGGGGUGCAGAUACAGAUUAUCAACCCUUUCAUAUUAUAUGAUGCUUCUGCUACCUUGUACCUGAAAUAUUUUGUAGUUAUCCCUUCGGAUUUAUAUUAAUAUACAGUUAUGAUCUUUAGUAGUUCGUUUAAA